AGUUAAUCACUACAUUGACAAAUGCAUGUGGUAUUUACAUCCGGGUGGGAGGACAGCAAUGGCGGCUACCACGGAGAAAGCAGCCGGCAUGAGCAAUAUGCUGCAAUUCAUGAAACUUAUCGGACAGCUCAAAAGAAUCCCGAGAACUGGCUGGGUGUACAGGAAUGUGAAGAAACCAGAGAGCGUGUCGGACCACAUGUACCGUAUGGCUAUGAUGUCUCUGACCAUAACCGACCCCACUGUAGACAAGAACAGAUGUAUAAAGCUGGCUCUUGUUCAUGACAUGGCGGAGUGCAUUGUGGGAGAUAUUGCUCCGUGUGACAACAUCAGUAAAGAAGAGAAACAUAGGCGAGAAGAGGAAGCAAUGAGACAUCUAUCAAGUAUCUUGCCCGAUGGACUCAAACAGGAGAUUUAUGGGCUGUGGGAGGAAUACGAGACUCAAUGCAGUCCAGAGGCCCGGUUGGUGAAACAGUUCGACCUGCUGGAGAUGAUCUUGCAGGCUCAUGAGUACGAGGAGCUGGAGGGAACUCCGGGGAGAUUGCAGGAGUUUUUUGACUCCACCAACGGUCGUUUCCAUCACCCUGAUGUGCUCCAGCUUCUCAGCUCUUUGAAUGAAGAGAGAGGACGUCACAUGACUAAGACACAGGAAGCAAAGACUUCAUCAUCAUCUUCAUCAGCAUCCUCAUAGCAAAGUACGACAUCACACACCUCCUCCUGACUGUUACGCACAAACACCUCUCUUGCCAAGGGACUGUAACACUAAACUUGUAUGUGAGCUGGUGUGCGAAACAAAUCAAGGGUUUUGAUACAGGAGAACUGAGGAUAAAGAUUCUUAGAUAUGUUUAAUGCAGCUAUUUUAGCUCAACAUCUUCCCCCGUUCUACCUCAGUGUCAUUGCCGAGUUUCUCUUUUAAUAUAGUACCUCAGAAGACAUUAUUUAAAAGUGUUUAAUCCGUGGCACUUGCUUGGCCCAGUGGUUAGGGCACGCAACCCAUGCACCAAUGCUUUCAACCUCAUUGCAGCAGUCGCUGGUUCGACAUGCUGUAUGUCCACCCCCCCCACUCUGUACACCCCACUUCACCUGCUGUCCUAGUGAAGGCAAAAAUGUUCAAAGAAUAACUACAAAAAAAAGUUUAAAACUCACAAUGACAUCAUCACUUUCUGUAUUAAAAACAAUCAUCAGAGACCACAGGUAAUGCACAAAAUGGACAAAUGUCUAAAUGCAACAAUUUGUUUAAUUGGUUGAAAAUGAAAUAAAAGGGGUGAAAAAAAAUCCUGA